ACUAACCAUCGCUCUCACAGUCCAGGCGCCAAGUGUAGCAGUCCUGUCCGCAGUCUGCCUCAGCAGCCCGCAAUGCCAUUGGAUAGUGCACUCAUUCCCACCUCGCUCUGACUAACCGCGUCUCUGGAGGAGAUAACCUGGAUCUGGAUUCUCUUGCACUGUUGUGCGCGCUGUCCUGAGUCCUUCACGCGAAUGGAGAAGCUCCAAUGAUAAGCGAGAGUGCAGGGUUUUGCUACUGCAGAAGACCUGCCGCCGGUACUUCACUGGCCGAGAGCGGGGAGGGUGGGGGGGGGUGGCGGCGCGGGGGUGUUUGCGCGUCUGUCCACAGGCUGUGGUGUCGCAUCCACUAUUUUGAUCAUCCAAAGACGCCUUGCAUGGCUGCACCAUGGCUACGUUUAUGUGCAGGGUGCAGUUCUUAGAUGAUACUGAUCCUUUUAACAGCACCAAUUUCCCCGAGCCCACCAGGCCACCUCUGUACACUUUCAGGGAAGAUAUUCCUCUGAUAAAUCAGAUUGCUGGAGUCCACAGGCUGCUGAAAGCUCCACAGAAGCCUGAUGACUGUGCCCUUCAGCUGUCUCACAAUGGAAGUUAUCUGGACUUGGAGUCAACUCUGGCGGAGCAGAGGGAUGAACUGGAGGGAUUUCAGGAGGAAGGAGGGCGAGGCAAGAAGCACAGUAUUAUUCUUCGAACACAGCUAUCAGUCAGAGUUCACGCCUGCAUUGAAAAACUGUACAACUCAACUGGACGUGAGCUACGAAGAGCCCUUUUUUCCCUCAAGCAGAUUUUUCAGGAUGACAAGGACCUGGUGCACGAGUUUGUGGUGGCAGAAGGACUGACGUGUUUGAUAAAAGUCGGAGCCGAGGCCGACCAGAAUUACCAGAAUUACAUCCUCAGGGCUCUCGGUCAGAUAAUGCUUUACGUGGAUGGGAUGAAUGGCCUCAUAUCUCACAAUGAAACGGUCCAGUGGCUUUACACUCUGGUUGGAUCCAAGGUAAAGACAAUUAAUGCUAAUUUUCACUAG